UCUACAAUAUGUCUAGUAAAAAAUAAAGAAGAUUCUUCUCUAACGGCAAUUAACACUUUGAAGGUCAGUCAACCAUUCAACUCGGCCUGGCCAUUAAUAAUGGUAUUGAUUGAUUGUUUGUUAUCGAUUGUUGGCCCAAAUAUAGUUGGCCUCAGUCUCCUGGCAACAGGGCAAAUGGCAAAUCAAUUACCGUUUGUUUGGAACAAAGGUGUGAAUUUUUCACACUUGCUCGCAGUCAAUUUAUCCAACUGCCUCCUAAUUAGUUAGAACAAUGUCCACAAGUGUGUUGAAUACCAUUUUGGCUGUUGAUAAGGAGCAGGAGCUGUUGCAGAGCUUCAUACGCACGGGAGCUAAUGCGGACGAAGAAUCAUUGGAUGAGUCCCAUAAAAGGUCAAAGGGUCGGGGUCGGGGUCGUGCCGCUCACAAGCCACCCAUUUGGGAACGGCGUGACUCGUAUGGCACUGGCGGCAAAUCCUCGACUGAACGCGGAACUCGCGGAGCUAGUAAACAUCCGGACGAUUUGGAUGCAAGCGGAUCGAAGCGUGGAAAUCGCAUCGAAGCAGAGCUGCGGGCGGCACGUAAACGCAUUGAAGAGCAGAUGAUGAAGAAGAAGAAGCCCAAGGAGAACUUUGUGGACUUUUACACGGACAAGGAUCGCGCGGCGGCUGUCAGCGCAGGCGCAUUCGACAUCAAACAAAGUCUGCAAAUAAAGCAGAAGCAGGAUCGUAACGAGGCACUGCUAAUACCCGACGAGGCGGACAUCAGCUCCAUCAUUGCGCUGGGACUCAAGGAGAUCAAAAAUGCGAAUCCUGAAAAUGCCAUACAUUUCUUUUGCAAGGCCCUGGAGCUGAACAGCACGGACAUCAAUGCCUUAAUCUCGCGCAGUAAAUGCUAUCUGCUUCUGGGCGAGCCCUCGAGGGCGCUGCAGGAUGCUGAGACGGCGCUUGGAGAGGAUAAGAAUAAUAUACGCGCCAUAUAUCAAAAGGCCGAGUCUCUCUAUUACCUGGGCCAGUUCGAGCAGAGUCUCAUGUUCUUCCAUCGCGGUCUGCGCGCACGCCCGGAACUCGACUUGUUUCGCCUAGGUGUGCAGAAGACUCAGGAAGCCAUUGAGAAUACUAUAGGCACAAAAACGCGAUCCGCUCAGCCUUUGGCAGCUGCUAAAAACAGCGUGUCGCGCAAGUCCGGUGAUAACACGCCCAAGUCCCAGACGCUGAACAGCUCGCGGCCACAGGUGGGUCGCCAGAAGCCGACAAAGGCGGAUCUGGAGCGUCGCAAUGCACGCAAGCUGCUGGGCGAGCUGUGCGUGGACAAGGAGUACCUGGAGAAGCUUCUGCUGCAUCCGGAUCUGGUGCGUGCCGACACCAACACAGAGAACAUAUCUGCCUUGGCCAAGGAGGCCGUUUGUUUCCUCAACAAACGUCAGGAAUUCUGGCGACAGCAACGUCCCUGCACGGCUUUGCCAAAUCACAAAAAUCUUCCGAAUGAUGCGAUUCCCAAAUGGUUCUAAUCCAAGCCACAUGCACUAGUAGAAGAAUAA